AUGAUCUCCUACCAAGGCAUCGUCGCCAUCUGCAUCGCCAGCGCCGCUGCCCUCGUCACCAUGGGCUUCGUGGUUCACCGCCUCCUGAUCAAGCGACCAGACGUCGCCGAUCCAUUCACUCCGUCCGACGACCAAAGGCGCUAUAUGCGCGAGGUGCGCGAGAGGAAUAUCGUCGAGGCGCUGGGCGAUCAGCGACUGAGGCAGGCGCUGCGGGGUCUCGUCCCGUCACAUCUCACCCCGCCUCAGCCCAACAUGAAACGAUAUGAUAUGGAACGAUACGACGUGAUAUGGCAUGACACAUCAAGACAUGAUUCUUCCAGCGAAUCCACCGCGCUCGGAGCUUACUCACACGCAUGCGACCAUCACGAACCACGACGCACCAGCCACCCAGCAUAA